UGAAACGGAAUCAACACACGCCCAAAGCGGGAUUUUUACUCACAACCCUUAAAGUUGGAAGUCAUACCCUAACCAGCAUGGCACCAUGCCUUCAUGGUGGCUUCUAUAUUUAACUGCUGAUGGUUAUUUUCUGUUGGCAUUCAUCCCAGGUCAUGUAGCUCUGGCUACACGCCCGAAAUAUGAUUGUCUUAACAGCAGCUGUGCUUCUGACCGACUGCAGAGAAACCAAAUAAAUAUGUAUUAUAUCGCUCAUCUGCUGCUGUGACCUAAAUGUCGAGCAAACAGCCGAGCACCGCGGGGGAACUGUCAGAUAGACGGAACACAGUUUUCCCUAAGUGUUGUCCGUCCAGCAACCUUCACACAUUUAACCAGGCUUGUACCUUCUGAUUUCAAAGUUGCUAUCUGGGAUUUCAGCCUGAGUAUUUUUAACGCUGGUUGGCCACAGAAUCACCUUAGAAACAAGCGACUGCUGCACAGAAAUGAAUUAUAGGAAAACAUCAUGUUUAGCCAGAGCGAAGGACUCAUCAGGGACGUGCCAGAGGUUACAAACGAAAUAAACAUGCUGAGUUGCUUUUUAUAAUUUCUUAUUCCAUCACCAUGACGUCAUGGCAAACAGGUAGGCCAAGUCCAGGACGGUUUUGUGAGUGUGAAGGUGCAAACAGGCUUUUCAAUCAUUAGUCACUGUAUGUUAAACUCCAACCACUCACAGCAGUCAGGAUAAACCUCAUGCUACAGGAGUCUUUUACUGAAGUAGCCUACUACUUUUGAGUGUUUUCAGUAAACUGGUCACACUCUGUCCUGUACUCGACAUGCCACCCACGUCACGCUACGUCAUUCCCCUCGUGGUGAUCAGACAGCGGACCUCUGGCUCCAUCUUGUGGCCGUGCACGGUACGCGCACCUCAGAGCGAGGAGCGCUUCCUCCUUCUUUCCGCCAGAUUUCUGGUUCUCCGCCAAGUUGAGUUACACGUCAGUGGAGAACCUGUACUGGUGAGUGGACGUGUACAGCGCGCGUCAGACGGUUCCCGGAUGCGCCGGACAGAAACAUGGAACGGGUGGUGGUGGAGGUGCCGAUCAACAACGGUUUUUCCCUCGCCGGCCCUUCCUCAACCCCACGUAAGCGCCAAGUGCGUUUUUCAGCGCGGCAUGACAUCAUCCUUCUGCGGGAAGUCAUCGCCCAGAACCCCUUUGCCUCCAAAGAGCCAGGGCGAAUCUGGGCCCGUGUGGGGGAGAUUAUCACUGCAGCCCUCCAGGAUGAAAACUUUGAGGUGGAUGCCAGGAGGUGCAGGGAGAGGACCAUGCUGCUGCUCGACUACUAUAAGAAACAAGACUUUCCCAGUCUGCGCAGAUUUGGAACAGAGAGACUGUACGCCCAAAAGGAGGAUCUUCUCCAUGAGGUCCUGGAGCUGGAGGCUGAGAAGGGGCUCCUGGCCAGCGGGGAAAGCACAAAGUAUCAGGAGGAUGACCUGAGAAAGCGAGCCAUGGAAGAGCUAAAUCUGCCAGAGCAGGACAAACCCAACAUCACGAUCGCACAUACAGCCACUGCAGAGCCAGAAGAAGACCGGGAGGAAAUGGCAGAGCUUUCGGCCGCACCCAUGGCCAAGCGGCCCUGCCAGUGCUGCUGCCAGACGUACUCUGAGAUUCUCAGCUUCCUGGAGAAACGCUCCGAGGCAGAGCAGCGGCUGCGAGAGGAGGAGCUCGCUCUGCGCCGGGAGGAGCUGGAGAUUCAACGAAGUAAGAUCGCCCUGGAGAGGGAACGUUUGGGAGCUGAGAGAAAAGAGAGGGAACGCAGAUUUGAGCUGGAGAGCCAAGAGAGGCAGGUCAUCUUGGACCUAUUAAAAGAGAAGGUGCUGAAAGGCUGACAGACAAGAACUUUAUCACCUGCAUUUUAACGGAAUCUUGAAAAAAAAACAAAAACAAAGCAUGAAAUAGAGGGGGAAAAUGUGGUUGACUCCAAGAGGACGGAAACCGAGAAACGAGAAGUAGAAUUAUCAGUGGCUGUUGGUUGUACAUGUGAGGGUCACUCAUCUGGUAAAAUAACAAAGUCAGAGUUAAGAUGGUUCGAAAUGCCGGGCAGUAAUGCAGGAUUUGCAGGUGUCGAACUGCUGACGCUGCUGUCAGUGUUUGCAAGCUGCAAAAACCAGCUUAUCAAUAGAUAGGUGCCAACAAACUCACAGUGUGCAUUUAUCAGCCGAGCUUCACCUGAGAAAUGGAAUGCCAGCACGGGUGUGGUGCGGUGUGGCGUGUUAGAUGUGAAAAAGGAACAGGCACACAGGUGAACAGGUACUGAACAAAAUCAGAUGAUUGCACUUCCUCGUGUGACACCAGCAGCAGUCUGUUUACAUGAGCCCUGUUCAUGUAAUAGACAUUUGUGCUUCUAGGACAGAAUAAAUGGAGCGACAAGCAAGAAAAAUUGUAUGAUCGGGCAACUGACAUUAAGUUGGUGCAGUUCAAGCAUUUUUAAAAUCCUGUAGUAACAUAUUAAUGUUUUUACACACGCUUUUUCAGCUACUUCCUUUUUGACAUUUUGAUUGAAAAUAGAACUAAAGCUAUAUUUACUGACUGUGAAUCCACUGUACAUUGCUAAAAAGCACUUUUCUACUGCAGACAAAAAAAGCCAUUAAGUGCGUGCCCAUAUUCUUUAGAUGAUACAGAAACCACUGACAUGAAGUGAUAAUGUCAAAUGUGCUACAUUCCUUUUGCUUUUAGAAAGCUAUUGGUCACAUUUGUGUCGACCUCCUCGGUUUAUAGUUUCAUUCAUUUGGUGUUCUAAUUAAAUGUAUAAACAUGACAGAAGCUGUUUUUAUGAAAUGUUCCAAUGAUUUACAGACAUCUUUACUGCUCAUGAUUUAUUAUCUGACUUUUAUUACAUAACUGUUGCUACUGUGAUACUGAUACUGUGAUUUAUACUGUUCAUUAAAAAUACUUUGCAUUAAAGUGCUAGUUUUCCUCAGCAUAGGCAUAGCCUUCAUUGUAUACUAUGAAGCAUGUAAAUAAAAUUGUAAGUGCUAUAUCGUAGGCCAUUUGAUCUUGUUUCAGUGGUCUACAAUAGAGCACCUGGAUGAGACCUUCAUCAACAUGUAAAGAAAUUUUGCUCACCCAAAAAGUUUAUAAUUUUUAUUCUGAAAAUAAAAAUCAUUGUAAGUUGA